AUGGCUGCUACACACCCUUUUGACCCUCUCUCCCCUUCGGAAAUUUCCAAGGCGGCCGCAAUCGUACGUGCACGGUUUGCGAAACAAGAUGUGAACUUCAGGGUGAUCACCUUGAAAGAGCCUCCUAAAAACGAGAUGAUUGCCUUCCUUGACCAAGAGCAUCGCCAGGUGCCUACGCAGUGGGUCCCAAUCCGUUGCGCGCGUGUCGAGGUGACGCUCAAGACCGCUGCCGGAGAGAAUGAGCUGCAAGAAAUGCAUGUGGAUCUUGAUAAGAGCUCUAUUCUGAAGCAAGAGAUCUUGAGGGGGAAGCACUCCUACAUCGAUUCUGGAUACAUGAAAGAAGUGGAAAACGCAUGCAUGGCUGACCAAAGGGUGCAAGAUGAGAUACAGAAGUUGGAUUUACCUCCUGGGGCAUCAGUCGUUGUUGAACCGUGGGCGUAUGCGACCGAUGGUGAGAAUGACAUGUCGAAGCGUGUUACUAUGUGUUGGUUCUACCUCCGCCUCUUGGAGCACCAAGAUGCCAACUACUAUGCAUACCCACUCGACAUUUGUGCGGAGAUCUCAGAGGAGCUAGAGAUCACCAAAGUCUAUCGUCUUCCGUCGUCUCCAGACGAGAAAGUUCACAACGAAGAUCGUCCUUUCGAUCGUCGAAAGAUUCAUUCAACUACCGCAAGCGAAUACCACCCCGAUCUACGCCCGAGCCCGCGCACUUCUACCACACCGUAUCAAGUGGUUCAGCCGGAUGGUCCGUCCUUCAAGGUUCGCGGCAAUCAGUUAAGUUGGGAAAAGUGGUCAUUUCGGGUGGGCUUCAACUACCGAGAGGGAUUGACGCUUCAUGAUAUUUAUUAUGAUGGUCGCAGCCUCUUCUAUCGUCUGUCACUUGCUGAGAUGUUCGUGCCUUACGGCGACCCACGCGCGCCAUACCCGAGGAAGGCAGCUUUUGAUCUGGGCAACGAUGGUGCUGGCAUCAACGCGAACAACUUAAAGCUUGGGUGCGAUUGUCUUGGCACAAUCAAAUACUUCGAUGCAUGGCACAACACACGAUCGGGAGAGCCCAUGAAGCUCCCUAAUGUCGUCUGCUGUCACGAGCAAGACGACGGUAUCCUAUGGAAGCACACUAAUUUCCGCACCGGACACGCAGUGGUAGCACGAUCUCGAAUUCUGGUACUGCAGACCAUCAUCACGGUCAGCAACUAUGAGUACAUCUUUGCCUUCCAUUUCUACCAGGACGCAUCCAUCUCCUACGAAGUUCGUGCUACUGGAAUACUGUCUACCGUUCCUACCAAAUACGGCGAGGACACCAAGAUUCCAUAUGGUACUAUCGUUGCGCCUGGAGUACUUGCGCCCUACCAUCAACACCUGUUCUGUCUCCGCAUCGACCCCGCUAUCGAUGGCCAGAAGAAUUCAGUAUCGAUCGAGGAGUCGCAAUCCAUGCCGCUCGACGAGAGCAAUCCUUUCGGCGUUGGGUACGUCACCAAGAGUCAUUACGUCGAGAAGGAGGAUGGCUUCGACCUGGACUUCACGAAAGCCCGAGCUUUCAAAUUCGUCAACGAAGCAAAGACCAAUCCGAUUACAAAUACGCCGGUUGGAUUCAAGCUCAUGCCUUUCUACAGCCAGAUGCUUCUAGCGGACAAGGGUUCCUUCCAUGCGAAGCGCUCAGAGUAUGGGCAGCACGCUGUCUGGGUGACCAGAUAUAGGGACGACGAGCUCUUCCCUUCAGGGCGGUACACGAUGCAGUCGAUGGGCGGAGAAGGCAUCGCAUCUGCCAUUCAGAAACGAGCUGCUUCUGGUGAUCAGGAUUGUGUCAGGAACAGCGAUGUGGUUGUGUGGCACACGUUCGGGUCUACGCACAACCCCCGCAUCGAAGACUGGCCUGUGAUGCCCAACGAGAAGAUGGUGGUUGGAUUGAAGCCUGUCAAUUUCUUCCUUGGGAAUCCAGGGUUGGAUGUUGCUCCCUCAACGCAGGAGAAGAAUAAGAGUGUACUGUAUACGGAGGACGACACUAGUCCUACUUGUUGCGCUUCUAGGUUGUAG